GCACUACAACAUUAACGAAAACACAACGGAAGAGGUAGGUCCCAGUGGGAGACCUAAGAAGUCGCUGAUUGGACGACAGGUCGUUUCUCUUUUGAACCGGAAGUUAUGCUUGAGUGCUUCUUUUGAAUGAGAACCCAAGGAAGCGGGAAUACAGUCAAUUCGUCAUGUAUUGCCCGAACUGUGGAAAGGAGGUGGUUGAGCCGUCACCAAAUUUCUGCAGUAAUUGUGGCAAAAGGCUUGAAGAAACUUGUAUGGAGGAUACUCCACAAUGUUCAACACAACAGACUGUCCCAUCCUGCCCUACACCAGCCCUCAGCACCUUCCUUGAAUACAGAAAAAAGAAAAAUGAGGAGCGACAAAAAUAUUCUCUUGGGAAAAAGGGGUUAAAACAAAAGGACAAAAAGAAAGUUAGGAUAAAUAUUGGAUUGAUGACCAUUCUGAACAAUUGUCUAAAGCCACGGCGUGGAAAAACCAUUUCGGUUGCAACAAACCCAGAAGUCUCUGCCACACCUCUCCUCAGUCUUGCUAUUAAAAAAAUGAAGGACUUCAACAAAGAUGUCAAAGAUGGACCUUUCCUCCUUCUGUACCCAGAUGGGACAGAGGUUAUUAAUAUCCCUGGGACACAAACACCUUUUACCCUUGCAGCUUACAAGGCUGAAGUUGGCAAGACAUAUCAAAGGAUAUGUCUUUUCCUCUGCUUGAAAAGAGACUUUGAAGAAGUUGGAAAAUUGUCAGACUUGUCCGAUUCUGACCCAGAGAUUGUUAUUAGAAAAUCCUCCGACUUUGAUCUUGCUGAUACACUGCCAUGGGAACCUAUGGAUGAGAGCAGUCGUUUACAACAGGUGGCAGAAACACAUAAUGGUGUUGGGGAUCUUGCACUUGCAAAUGAAGUAAAACAGGUUAUGGAUUUGGAUGACAACAGCAACAAUCCAAGCACCAGUGAAUGUGUCCCUGUCCAGAGCUCCUGUUACAGAGACUACACCAAUCUCUUUGAGCCCAUUGUUAUUGAUGAUGAUGAUGAUGAUAAUGAUGGGAUUGAAUAUUUAACCGAAGACAAAAAGCAAGACCUGCCCCCAGAAGAACAUGCAGAAACAAAUGUGCAGCCACAUGAUAUUAUUGCAGAACUGGCCAUGGGUAUUGACCACAAGAAAGUCAGCCGGUUCAAUAUAUGUCGGACUGAUGUGUGGGAUGGAGCUGUUCGGGGCUUUCAGAGGAGCACAUACUCCGACAAGAAUGACAUGUUCAUCAAAUUUAACGAUGAUGCUGGCUGGUUGGAGGAAGGGUUGGACACAGGUGGCCCGAGGCGUGAGUUUCUCACGCUUCUCAUGGCCAUUCUGAGAAAUCGCCCGAUCUUUGAUGGACCCCCAGAAAGUCGUUACAUUGUGUGCAAUUCGAGAGCUGCCAGGGAAGAUGAGUAUUUUUUAGCAGGAAAGAUGAUUGCCGUAUGUAUUGUACAUGGGGGACCAGCACCACAUUUUCUCUCAAAGAACCUGGUCAACUACAUGAUAGGGAAUCCAAGUUUCAGCGCCACUGUUGAAGAUGUUAAAGAUGAGGAGAUAGGGAAAGUUCUGAAACAGGUCCUGGAAGCUGAUUCAGAUGAAUCUCUGCUAAAUGUAAUUUUGCAAAACAGUGGGAUGUUCCAAACUGCUGGAUGCUUCAGAGGGGUGAAGGCUUCUGAGAAGAAAGCUUUUGUAGAGGAGUAUCUCAGAUGGUACAUCCUUGACAGAAACCACAGUGCCAUUCAACGAUUCAAAGAUGGACUGGCAAGU